CUUUCUGGCUGGUGGGAGAUAUUAUCUUGUUAGGUUUUUACAGUAUGAUUAGUGUAUAGUUUCGAAACAAAUGCGGCAAGCAAAAGCCCAAACGACAGUUAAGCUUAAAUCUAACUAAUCUAGCUAACUAGCUAGUUCAUUAAACAUUAAAUCCAUAUGAGGACUUCAUCCACAGUGUGAAGUUAGUUGUUGUUCUGCUGGUUAACUGCUCGUAUGUGGCUACAUUUUGCAGAAUAGUGAGCUGUGUUAGCCUUACUUGACCUUUCACCCAGUCAGACACUGUGUGUCCAUGAAUGCACUGUUCUCCAUCAACUGAAGACCCCCACCUUCAUUGUCAGUUAGCUUCUCUCGAGCACGUUGUCAGUGGCAGGUCAUUGGGUGCCAAAUGUCCAUCUAGUCUGCAACUAAUGAUUAUCUUCAUUGUCGAUUAUUUUCUCAAUGAAUCAACUAGUUGUUUGGUCUACAAAAUGUCAGGAAAGGAAAGGUGAAAAGUGUUGAAUCAUUUUUUCCCAAAGCACAAGAUAACGUCCUCAAAAGUCUUGUUUUGUCCACAACCCAAAGAUAUUCAGUUACUCAAAACGGUUAAUUGAUUAUCAUGGUUUGGAAUUGACAUAUAAUCGAUUAAUCGUUGCAGCUCUAAUCUAGUGUUUCAAAUGCUCUAACAGAUUGAAUACAGAAGUACUGCCCUAAUGGGUUCCUAAUUAUCUGUGUGAAAGGUGACAGGUGUUUACUACCCCUGCACACUGCUUAUGGCGAACAUGUAAAACAAAUGUAAAAUUCUAAAAAUAGAAAACAAGUUUGGUGGCAUGUGAGGCAAUUUACAGAAGUUCAAAGAAUUUCAGUAUUUUAAGAAAUGUCUCUGCCUUGCCAGUGUAGAUUUUUAUGGUGGUUAAUUAUGCAUGCAUGAGCUCAGGUACCUGGGACACUCUAUAUAUAACUUUGAGUCACAACAUGAAAUAACUAUUCAAAUGUUCCUAUGACAAGAUUACUGGUUAUUGCUGAACAGCCACACAGCAAAGCCUCUCAGUAACACUUUACAUUCAUUCAAUUCUUUGUUUUGCUGACAGUUGUAUUGACGCCGUAGCUGUAUUUCAAUAAAGGCCCUGGUAAAGGGAAAGGACAUUCAGAACGUCACCACGGAGCUGAUAUGGCUUACUCACAGAUCCGCCUGAAAAUUCUGCCCAGUGCUCGUUGUCUCUUCAGCAAACGGGUGCAGGUAAAAGUGGAGGGACUUGCUCCUCACAAACCAGUUGAACUGAGGUCCAGACUGGUGGAUGACAGAGGGGUGAUUUUCAAGGCUUCGGCCCAGUACAAAGCAGACGAAGCUGGCCAGGUGGAUGUCUGCCGUGCGCCCUCUCUGGGAGGGAGUUACACCGGAGUGGAGCCCAUGGGUUUGUUUUGGGCCAUGGCACCAGAGACUCCGCACAAUAAACUCAUGAAGAAGAAUGUGCUCAGCCCAACGCUGGUGGAGAUAGAAGCGCUGAGUGGAGAGACCGGUGAACUCUUAGCCUCUGAAACCAACGAGAGAGGAUUCAUGGUCGAGGGGAUGAAGAGGAUACCUGUGGAGGAGGGACGAAUUCGAGGAGUCCUCUUCGUACCGCCAGGAAAGGGGCCAUUCCCAGGAAUAGUGGAUUUGUACACAUUUGGUGGGGGUCUCACUGAGCCCAGAGCCAGCCUCCUGGCAAAAAAUGGCUUUGUUGUCCUGGCACUGGCCUAUUACGGCUACAAGGAUUUACCAAAAAAACCAAAAUGCUUGGAUUUGGAGUACUUUGAAGAGGCUGUAACAUAUCUCAGGCGACAGCCGGAGGUUAAAGGUCCUGGGAUUGGCAUCAUAUCAAUCUCUCACAGUGGCGGUUUGGCUUUGUCCAUGUCAUCUUUCCUCUCUGGCAUCUCAGCGACCGUCUGUAUUAAUGCUUGCAUCGCAAACACUGUGAUUCCGUUACGCUACAAAGACAUGGUUAUACCUCCACUUACGCCCGUCAUUCAGAAUGUUAAAUUCACAGACUCUGGGCUUGUAGAUAUACGCGAUGCCUUACCAGACCCUGUCUUGGAAGAGAACAGGGCGUCAUUGUUGCCAAUUGAACGUGCCAGCUGCCAGUUCCUGUUUGCCGUUUCCGAAGAUGACCGCAACUGGAACAGUCCGCUUUUUGCCAAGCGGGGUGCUGAAAUUCUGAGAAAUCACGGCAAAGAGUCGUUUAAGGUGCUAACAUACCCCAAAGCUGGACACUUCUUGGAAGUCCCUCACAUGCCCUACUGUCCGUCAACGUUUCAUGCGGCAGUGGGGAGGGACGUGGUGUUUGGUGGGGAGCCAAAAGCCCACUCUGAGGCUCAGCUGGACCUGUGGGAAAAAGUCCAGGAGUUCUUCAAGAGCCACUUGGCCGCCAAGAGCACUUGAUCGCAAGCAGUGCUGAAUCAAGCUCCCAGAACGGCCGUCCGUGCCUCUGCUUAGCCUAGUCUUUAGUUUGUCAUGAAUUAAAGGAUAAAAUAUCUCAGAGUGCAUAACAUAAUGUGUCAGUUACUAAUCAUCUGGGAUAAAUCAAGCUCUCUGUAUAGAACACUCUUUGCCUCAGUAUUGCCAUUUGAAUUCUCAGUGUUGGUGGGAAAAGUUUUACUGCUUUUGCACCUGCAAAGGGCUAAUAGUUAUUAAGUAUUAUAUUUUGGUGUGGUAUUGUGAUGAUAUUGUCAUAUUUUUGCUGUUAAAAACAUUUUGCAGUACAAAUAGAUCUUUAAAAACUAAAUGAGUGGCAGAUAGCUACACUGAGCAUUAAUAUGACUUUGGUUUGUGAUUCUCCAUACAUUUGCCUCAUUAUGAUUUAUAUUGAUAUUAGAAAAAUAGUCUUAAUAAUAAAAGUACAUAACAAUUACAUGAGCAUGUUUCAGCCUGUCAUUGUAAUGCCUCCUCUUGCACCGAUCAGUGCGGUUAUAACACAGUUAAGUGACAUUUAUUUGUUUCCCAGAGUUCAGUUAGUGCAAAUGCCGCCAUCUAGUGGCAGCUCGGCCUUCCUACGUUUAUCCCCACAUUUUCUCUAACACAUAGCAAACGUGAGAUAAUGUUUUGUCAGAUACAAAAUGUAUGUGCAGCAGAGGGGGAGGCGAGCUUUCAUGAUGAGAGACUGAAACGAAAGCAUGCAUUUUAGAUGGCGUGAAUCCCA